GCAACGGCGUGGGGUGGUCGCCGAGCCCCUGUUACCAUGAUAACGUGAGUUAUUGCCGGGGGACCUGGGGAGCGAGCGGAACCUCGAAGGUACAAGAUGAGGCUGAUGCGCCUCCCGCCGUUAGUUUGCUUGGUCCUUUCUCUCGGAGAGGACUUGGCAGCCACCGCGGUGCCUGGGGGACAGUAACUUCACUACACGACCGGAAUACGCGUCAAGGAAUACGCGUCAGACGCUGCGUGGAGACUGAGCAUCACGACCUCCAUGGCGACAGCUCGGCCGUCAAUGGCCCGUCUGGCUGUCUUCGCCGCGCUCCUCGGCCAGCUCCAGCCGGCGCUGGCAACCUUCUACACCGUCACGUCGUACUACGCCCUCUCCACGAGAACCACCAAAUACGUCGAAGAUUGCACCGAGUGCGAUGUCUACACCUACACCUCAACGCUGACCCUCAAGCCCACUGUCACGCCCACCGCCCGGCCCAUCUCUUCGGACACCGACAUCGACACCUACGAGGAUGUCGAAAUUGUCAGCGUCUUCGUCCCCGUGGACGCCGUCCCCUCCUCCGACAUCCUCACCGCCCUGCCCACUCCGACAUAUGGCAUCUUCACCGACUACGCCGUGCCGGUGACCUGGACCGCGCCGGCGUCCUGCCCGACCGCCUUCACCGUGGUCACCUACGCCUACUACUACCCGCCCUACGAGGUCACCGCCCACCUGUCGCCCAUCUCGACGGCCACCUCGCUCUAUACCGACACGGAGGAGGGCUCGGUCCACACCCAUGUGACCUACUUCCUCGCCUCGACCGCCGUGCCCUCCACCGUCGCCAACACGGCCACCAACGUAAUCUACACCCGCUACGUCGAGCGCUGCAUCAACCCGACCGCGGGCUUUGACGCCGUCAGCGGCGGCGGUGACGACUCCGGCUCCGGCGGCGGCGGCUCCAGCGGCUCUGACGACGACGACGACUGGGACGUGUGCUCGGCCAUGACGGGCUGCGUGAGGGUGGCAACGUACGCCAUCGUGCUGGCCUCCGUGCUGCCCGCCAUCUUCCUGCUGGGCUUCGUCGAGUCGUACUUCUGGUUCCGCCGGCUGAUGCUGGGCAAGAGCGCCCUGCGCCUCGGCACCAUCUGCUGGUGCUGCAUCUCGCUGUGGGUCAUCUGCAUGACCCAGCACCAGCCCGCCCGCAGCCCGGAGGACCAGGUCCUGCUGCGCCAGUACUGGGACACGCUCAGCGCCGGCACCCGCCUCAAGUACUGGUUCCGCCACGGCUUCCGCUGGCGCUACCCCGUCGAGCUGCUGGGCAAUCCGAACGGGAACAACCCGGCCGUCGUGCCGAUGCCGCCUCCUCCCCCUCCCGGCGGGGCCGACGGCGGCGACGGGGCCGAGAAGAUGCCGCCGGCCGCCCAGGCGCAGCCGGUGUACGUCAUGGCGCCGUACCCCGGCCAGCAGCAGCCGGUGCCGGGACAGAACGGGUACGCUCCUGCCGCGCCGGCCGGGUUUGUGCCUGCGCAGGGCUACGGCGUGCCCGUGCAGUACAUGGCGACGGCGCAGCCGGGCGUGGGCGCCGCCGCCGCCGCCGCCGCCGCCGGCCAGCCGCAGACCCAUCCGGGCUCCGUCCCGUCUCCGUCGCCCGUGUCCCCCUCGGCCGAGCAGUCCUCGCACACAACGCCGCCGCCGCAGGAGCAGACACAACAGCCGCGGCCUCCUGGCGGCCAGCCGCAGGAGCUUCCCCUGACACCGCCCGGUGGUGAUCAGCCGCAUGAGCUGCCGAACUCCCCGCCGGCUGGUCAGCCGCCUCGUUGAGCGGUGGCUGGGAGGGGGGAGUUCUCUUGUUUUUUUGCGUGUUUUCUCACCGCACAUCGGCUGGGUCUGGCGUGUUUGCUUUGCGCUGCACAUAGAUUUCUUCCUCGCAAGCCACUGGCUGCGAACCGCAAUUUCAUAUCUACUUAUAAUACGGGCGCGCAGAGGGUAUGGGGAGGCGCCGGAGCUGUGCGCCUGAGAUUUCACCGUGAUACCAAUAUUUGAUGUUCUCGUGCUUGUAUGUGCAGCGUAAUACAGGACACUUAACUCUGCC